ACCGGGUUUUCAGGAGACGGUCGAUGAUGUGUGCGGUUUGUACACAGCUGUGUUGAAGACUGCUGUUUUGUUUUGUUUUGUUAGUUCGUGUCAAGUUUUAGCUUACAGUGACCGGACUGUUAACGAAUAAUAUCUCCUAAAGAUAAACGCUAACGGUGGCAGAGAUAAAACUAGUUCUUCAGCGGUGUUUUAGACUCAACGUUGUGAUGCGGACUAUUAUUAAGCUAGCGUUCCUUCUCUAAGCGGGGGGCGGAAAUAGAUGGGGGUCGUAUCAUCAAACAAUGGAGCAUUCAAAGUGUGAUCCUCAUGGCUGCGAUAGCGAUGUGGCGUUUCACCUGCAGCCGACGUGUCCUCGGAGGAUGGGGCCCGCUGCUGUGUGUGGCUGUGAGCUCCCUGGUGGCCCUCCUGGUGCCCCUGAUCGGGGUGGAGAACCAGUGCUGCUCCAGCCUGAAUGGCAUCUCCCGUAUCCGCUGCCAGCUGUGGGGGGGGCCGCAGUCAGCGCCAGCUGUUCAGUCCACCAGCCUCACGGUUCCCUUCACCGACCUGGAUGUGUUGCCUCAGAAAUUCAAACCGAGCAAAGAGAUGGAGUUGGAGGCCAAAGCUGCGCUCCAACAGGCUCUGGAAAUGAAGAAACUUGGCAAGAGGGAGAAGGCACACAAGCUGUUGGUCCACGCACUCAGUAUGAACCCAGACUUUGUGGAUGCCCUGACAGAGCUGGGGACCAUUCUGGAGGAGGAGAAGGACGUCGUCCAGGCGGAUCACCUCUACACAAAGGCCUUGGCCAUCUCUCCCUGUAACGAGAGAGCUCUGGUCAGCAGGGACCGAACUCUUCCGCUGGUGGAGGAGAUUGACCAGCGCUACUUUAGCAUCAUUGACAGUAAAGUGCGCAGGCUUAUGUCCAUCCCUAAAGGUAACUCUGCUCUCCGGCGAGUGAUGGAGGAAACCUACUACCAUCACAUUUACCACACGGUGGCGAUUGAGGGCAGUACGCUCACUCUGUCUGAGAUCCGCCACAUCAUAGAGACGCGCUAUGCGGUCUCCGGAAAGAGUCUUCAGGAGCAGAAUGAAGUCAUCGGUGUGGACGCGGCCAUGAAGUACAUAAACACCACCCUGCUGUCCAGGUCGGAGGCCAUCACUGUCGGUCACAUCCUGGAGAUUCACAGGCGGGUGCUCGGCUACGUUGACCCCGUAGAAGGUGGGAGGCUGCGAACCAACCAAGUAUUUGUGGGUCACCACAUCCCGCCACGCCCUCGAGACCUACAGAGACACAUGCAGGAGCUGGUGCAGUGGCUCAACUCUGAAGAAGCCCUGCAGCUGCACCCUGUGGAAUAUGCAGCCCUUGCCCACUACAAGCUCGUGUACAUACACCCGUUUGUAGACGGCAACGGGCGGACGUCAAGGCUGCUCAUGAACCUGGUGCUCAUGCAAGCCAGCUACCCCCCCAUCACCAUCCGCAAGGAGCAAAGGGCGGAAUAUUACGCCACUUUAGACACAGCCAACGAGGGGGAUGUCCGGCCCUUCAUCCGCUUCAUCGCCAAAUGUACAGAAAUAACUUUGGACACCUUGUUGAUUUCUACCACAGAGCACGCUGUGGGGCUGCCUGCCGCCAGCGACCCUGCAGGCAGUCACACAGCUCCUCAGCCCCAUAAGACCAUCCCAGUGCACAACUGAGCAGUCCGUGUAACAGCAGCAGCUGUUCGCAUGCAGGGCAAGGAUCAUUGUUCUUAAAACCCCCAAUAAGACCAUCAAAAACUGGCUUCUUUUGCUUCAUGACAACAUCCAGCCAUUCAUUCCGUUACACUUGCUUUUCGUUUCUUCUAACGGUUAAGGAAGUUAGGAUCAGAUUAUUCUUUUGCCCAACAAUUAGGAGCCCCUGACCUCAAAUUUAGUUUUUGACCUCUUCAAAAACCUAUUAGUAUCAUAACGCAGUUUUAUAUUUACUUAUGCUGUCAAGAGUAAACAGUGCUUUGUUUAUUUUUGACCCCAAACUUGUAAAGUUUCAGUUUACUGACUUUGAGGUCAAAAUGUCUGACACUGUAAAGCACUUUCCUUGGAAUUUAUUUAUUUAUUUCAAAAUAAAAGAGUACCAAAAAAAGUUUUUGUUUUUUUAUUGGACAAUGAAGCUAAGCUUUUCACUGGGAUUGCAUAAAACUUUAUUUAAACCCUCACACACACAAAAUACAGGACCUAAAACUACAAGGGGGAAAAAACAGCCCACAAAAAAAAGCUAACAAAAUUAAAACGUGUGGUCCUGAAUGAAAAACGUUUUUUCAUGAGAAUACAGUUUGUAAUAGUUUUUAUGUAGGGCACUGUGGUGAAAGAAUUUAUUUGAUUUAGUUGCAGAUAUAUUUUAAGUUUCUAAAAGUGUAUGGUUUGAAUCUUAUUUGGACAGAAUCUUUAACAUAAUGACUGAAAUAAAAACUUGACAGAAUAACUUUAUGGAGGUUGAUGUGCAAAAAUAAACCAUCUUAUUUUGAA